AUGUAUACCACUAUCGUCUAUAUUAUGCUUCUUGCUGGUGGUGUUCUUUCGCAGAACCCUACACCAACUACUACAAGCCAUGUCCAUGGCAGAGACCAACUGGGCAAGCCGUUGGUCACUACAGCUUUCUGUAGCGACUCGAGACUUGGUCCGACAGCGAUACCAACUCAUACUAUGAUAGCUUCCAUGUUCACGGACUACGGUCGUUUCGGACGGGAGUGUCCACAAGGCUACUAUGAUACUUGGAUUGAGUAUGACGGAUCUGUGCCAAAGCCUCCUCAAGACGGUUUUAGGCUUGACUCAAAUGGCAAGAAAAUAUCUUACAUGACAAGCAUUCCCAACAACACAGAGAUUGAUCGGUUCGGAUGGCCCAACGGCAGCUUUGUGUCUCUGGCCGGUCGUCCAUUUAGUGAACGUUCUAUCCCACCGUCAAACAUCCUCAAACGUGGAGAAGACGGGCUGAUUUAUGGGAGAUGGUUGACUAUCGAAGAAAUCGACAACGUCGAAGCCGGACCUGUUGCUCCCUGGUAUAACCAGCCUGGAAACGGAACACAAUAUCUCCUACCCGAUAGUACAUGGAAUCUUGUCGAUCAGGGCUUCCUUCAAGAGAUAAUCCAAUUCUAA